AUGGUGUCCAAAGCCUUCGGGGAUUCCUCCGACGAUAUCUGUCCCAUCUGCAAAUCCAACCGUUACCUCAAUCCCUCCCUCCAAUUCCUUAUCAACCCAGAAUGCUACCACAAAAUGUGUUCCACCUGCGUGGACCGCAUAUUCACAUCCGGGCCUGCUCCUUGUCCCGUCCCUCACUGCGGUCGCACAUUGCGCAAAAAAGGGUUCAAGGCGGCGUUCUUCGCGGAUCUCGCCAUCGAACGCGAGUGUGAUAUUCGACGUCGAGUCAGCGAGGUGUUUAACCGCAGUGAAGAUGAUUUCGAGACGUUACUGGAUUUCAAUAAUUAUUUACAAGAAACGGAAGAUUUGGUGUAUGAUUUGGUGCAUGGGAAGGGCACAGUCAAACAGGAUGCGGAGGAUAAAUUGAGGAGGUUUAGAGACGCGAAUCGGGGAGCUAUUGAGGAGAAUAAAAUUGCGAGGAUGAGGGAGGUGGAGAUGGGGAGGAGGAGGGAAUUGGAGGAGAAAGAGAUGGCGAGGCAAAGGAGGUUGGCGGCCAUGAGAGAGGAGGCGGAGGAAAAGGCGGAUGUCGAAAAGACCCGAAUGCAGGUUUUGGAUCAAUUGGCUACUGGAGAGGGAAAUGCGAAGGCUAUCACACAACAGGCGCACAAAGUCAUUUUGAAGAAAAGUUCGGCGAGAAGAGCCGUGGGAGAGAGGGAUGGCGCGAGUGGUGCUGGAAAUGGAGGCGUUGAUGGAGACGGUCUUACGAUCAGAGGACUUAAGAAGAAGAUGGCUCCCGUGGCAGAGAAACCUUACGACCCAUUUGGAGGUAUCGAUCUUACGCCUACGAAAUACAUAUUACGGGAUGAUUACGAGAAUCAGUGGGUUGAGAGUGUCAAACGUGACCCUAAGCACAUGGCUGGUGGUUAUAGCCUCCAUGAAUAUUACGGAAGAGCUAUGCUCGAUGCUUUCAGUGGUCUCGAAAUAUUCAUCGAAGAUGAGGUGAAGGAUCGACCUCAGCUUGGGUCACCUUCUGUUGCUACCAUGGCAGCCGUUCAAGCAUCUACAGUAAAGAUAAAGGUGGAGCAUAAAGCGGAACUAGAUGAUGUGUUUUGA